GGAACAUAUACAAAGCUUGUUGGGUGAGAUCGACUUGCUGUGGUCUUUCUUGCUUGUCUAUUGUAUCGGUGGUUAUUACCGAGAACGUGAGAUUAAUGCUGAAGCCGACUCACUCGACCUCCAAGAUUAUACCGUGAUUGCAGGCAACAAUCCCAACAGUCGGUGUCUACCAAAGGUCAAGACCACAACACUGGAGUCGUCUUCUUCCUUUUAUUUUUGUUCAUCGAGAGAGCAGACACACAACGGUGGAGUCGUUACCUCGACUUGUCACCGCCCCCGGCUUUGAGCUCUCCUCAGCGGAAACCAAGGCGAGCGGGGCGCCACUCAUGUCUUGUCGUUACCUCCCCGCCGCACUGUAGCUGCCGUAGCUUUAAAGGACCUCUGCUUGUUCGCCCCAUGAAACCCAGUGCUUUGUUUUAUCUAGUUUAGCCGAACAUAUGCACCUUCUUCUCUCUUUGAAUCUAAUUUAUUUCCUUGCCGUACUUCAAACCCCUACUUUCAUUUGUUUAUCCGUCACCAACGUGUUCUUGGCUUCUCAGGUUCAUUCCGGAGGAUGAACCCAGUGCGAUGGACCGAGCUCAAUCCACGCCGAUUCCACGCCUCUUCUCAGGUAUGCCGGUCUCUUUUGUCGACCCUUUUUUAUCUUAAAUAUGCGUACAGCGAUGGUGUUACUCGAGUCGUCACACAAAAUAAUUACAUGGCACGGUCACUGCGGCCAACCCCAACGAUUUGACCACAAUUCUUUAGCUCCGGCGGUGAGCGAGCGUCGCAGGCCCCGGUCGGCUCCAUCACGUGACCGCUCCGCUCCACCUUCCCAUUGGUCCUAAGAGAAGGGUCCCGCAAUAAACAGAUUUCGGUCCGACUUUUCUGGCGAGUCGUAGAUCGCCACAUCAUCAUGUUUCGAACACGCUACGGCUCAGAGUUCGAGGCUUGAGCUGUUGUUUAAUGCAGAGUGGCAGCGCUUUUGUUGCGCACAGGCCAAUUUUGUAUAUGAAGGAGCGUGCGUUUCGAGUUGGACUGCUGGAAGACACUGUCAACAAACAAUCUUCUCCCCCACAGACAGCAUCGCACCGAGCUCUCAUCGACCUCUCCUCUCUCCGUCCCUCAAAACCGCCUCAUCUCGUUGUAUGUUUCUGUUCUCCUGGGGAUAUCAGUAGCAGAGGAUUAUAAAACAACGAACUCUGUGCUGACUGCAACUCUCCUCCUCCUUCCUUCCUUCCUUUUCCUCUGCUGUUGCUUCUUGUGGUACUACGGCGAAGGAUACAACCGCUGCGUACUCCUCUUCUUCGCCCCUUCCUGCUUUCCUCGAAAGUUCGCACCUUUUCUCUUUUCGUCCUCCUCUUCCUGCCUCUUCCCAUCUGUUACUCGAAGAUUCUCUACUCUUCUAUCUACCAGUCGGCCGUACUCGCCUGGGUUUAUCUUUGAUCACUGUUGUGGUUGCGUGCUUCUCCUUUAUCCUUGGCUCUUUAUUCCCCUGAAAAAUCUCAGUGGAAUCCCUCCUUUAACCCCCCCUUGUUUUCUGCUCUGUGUCCUCAAAAGAUCUCAUCUUGCGCUGCUGCUGGGUUGGGUUUAUCCUGCGCGGUGGAAAGGAGCAGAGGCUUGGUGAGGACGUCUUCAAGCUUCCUCCUCUACGUCGCCUCUGGUGGAGACGCCCGUCGGCCGAACCCGACCAUGAAGAAAGCUCGAACCUUGCGCAUCUUCUGGACCGACCCUGAGGCGACCGACUCAUCCGGCGAUGACGAGGAAUGCGGGGUCUCCGGGCGCCGCGUCGGGCGGCUGGUGAGGGAGAUUGGGCUCGAUCCCUGCCCCGCCGUCGUUGACAAGCUGAGGAGGGCGCGGAAGAAGGCGCCGGCUGGAGGUGGCAAGGUGGCAUCGCAGACCGGAAGCACCAAGUUCCGCGGCGUCCGGCGGCGGCCGUGGGGGAAGUACGCGGCGGAGAUCCGCGACCCGUGGCGCGGCGUCCGCGUGUGGCUCGGCACCUUCGACACCGCCGAGGAGGCCGCCAUGGUCUACGACUGCGCCGCUCUCCAGCUCCGCGGCCCCGGCGCCACCACCAACUUCUCCUCUUCCUCCUCCUCCUCCACCACCCCCGCUCCGCCCCAGGUGGCGGAGGAGGCGUCCGACCCCACCACAGUCUCCGCCGGCUACGACUCCGGAGACGACUCCCAAAGCCGGACCUCCCCGACCUCCGUCCUCCGGGGCUUCUCCUCGUACUCCGCCGUACAAGGCCCAGCAACGGAGGAGACUAAGAAAGGAGCUGAUGUCUUCAACCCGGCGGUCUUCCUACCGGAGAUGACGGUGGAGGAGUUCUCACCGUUCGAGGACAUGCCGUUAUUCAACGACUCGUCGUGUUUCGAGACGUGGGAGCCGAGGAUUCCCGAGGCGACGACGGCACGGGUGGGAUUCUCCGCGGCGGCGGACCCGUCCACCACGGCAUGGGAUUCGGGCUUCGGCUCAGCCACGUGGCACGAGGACGACUACUUUCACGAGAUCGGCGAUCUCUUCCCGCUGGAGCCGCUCCCCGCCAUAUUCUAAGUCAAAAUCUUCCAACUCGCCGAUUUUUGGCAACCAAUCAAAAGUUAUCGCCGCCAUUAAUCUCUCCUGCGUCGUCUGCUCUCGAGUUGCUUCUUCCGUAUGUUCCAAAUCUUCUGCGUCAUCUAAUGAACACUAAACAUCGAACAAAGCCGUCAAGUUUGGACA